CCUUGUUUGUCAACAUAAUUGCACAAGUGACACAUUUGGGGUGGAAAAGUCUGUGGGGUCCACUGAAGUAAAUGGAACCACGAUUUCAUGGAAGGUUGACAACCUGACUGAAUGGGACACAUCUCCAAUGUGCCACUAUACUGAUGAUGAUGAUAACCAGUGUAUUACCAGGCUUCCUAUAACCGUCUAUCAUCCUCCAAUAAAUGUCGAUCUCAGCUUCCUAAAUCACUCUGGGCCGAUGUUUGCAGGCCAUCAGUACACUCUGCAGUGUACAGUCGAGGAAGUUGCUCCUAUUAUUAAUCUCACUGUGAGUUUCUACAGAGGACAGACAGAACUACAGAGACUACAGUCCAGCAGCACAACAAAGGAGCCAGUGACUGAGACCUUCACUCUAGGCAUCAACCUUAGUAAAGAUGAUGGAGGCCUGUACUGGUGUGAAGCAAAGCUAGACCUGGGAGCUGAAGGACCACAGCCUCCUCCAGUGGUGACGUCACAAAACAUCACCGCCAAUGUUUACUACAAGCCUCAGCUGAAGGAGAGUCCUGAUCCAGAACGGAUCACCGUGACAAAAGGAGACCCUCUGCAUCUGAACUGCUCUAGUGAGGGAAACCCCAGCCCCUCCUACACCUGGACGCUCCCAUCAACCAGUCGCUCCCCCAUCAGUGGCAGCACUCUCAUUAUCGAGGCUGUAACUUCUACAGAUGGAGGACAGUACGCCUGUUUGGUCAGAAACUCUGUGGGGAAAGUGACUAAAAAGUUUACUGUGGAUGUCAAAGUGAACUACAUCCAUAUUAUAAUAGGGGUGGUGGUAGCAGUCAUCGUUCUUGCUGGCCUUGUCUUUGCUGUGUGGUAUCUGAGAAGAAACACAUACCGAAUGGGACAGUAGAACCUGAAGAACAUUUUCAUUCUUUGCCAUCGCUGUCAACACGUUGCUGAGCCUGUUGGAGAGUCAGUUUGUGGGUGAGGCCUCACGUGUAUGGACGACCUGAACCUGUUGCUACACCAUGCUAGGU